AAACCCCAUUUUUGAGCCCCCCCGCCCCCCAGAAAUGCCGCUCCGUUUCCGCACGGCCCCGCUGGCCUCGCUGGCCGUGCCGGGCCCGCUCUAUUCCGUGCGGGUUCUCCAGGUUGGCUACCACAGCCCCAGCCCCGCUGGCCCCUCCCGCGCCGACGGCUCCAUCACUCUGGUGUCCGGUGGCCCCCUGACCGUGCUGGUGGACACGGGGGGACCUUGGCUACGACAUCGCCUCCCCGGGCUACUACAAAGCCAAGGAGUGGCCACCGGUGACGUCACGCACGUGGUGGUCACCCACGGCCACUCGGAUCACGUGGGCAACCUGAAUUUAUUCCCGCAAGCCACGCUGCUCGUGGGCUUUGACCUGAGCCGAGGCGAGGGCCUUUACUUGCCCCACGGGCUAGCGCAGGGCGCGCCCUUGGUGCUGCACCCCGGGCACCUGGAGGUGGUGGCCACACCCGGGCACACGCGAGCCCACGUGAGCCUGGUGGCCCAGGGGACGUCGCUGGGCACGGUGGCGGUGGCCGGGGACGCGUUCGAGAGGCGAGGGGACGCGCGGGAGUGGCGAGCGAUGAGCGAGGAGCCGCGAGAGCAAAGCAGGAGCCGGAGGCGAUUGGUGGCCACCGCUGACGUCAUCGUGCCCGGGCACGGGGAGCCCUUCAGGGUCCUGAGGGGACGCGGCGACAGCGGCGACAGCGGCGACAGCGGCGAGGAG